AUGAAGAUUAUAGAGCAUCAAAACUCUUUUAUCCGUCCAUGUGAACAGUUUGAUCAUGUCUCGAAUGCUUUAGACCUUGCAACAAUCGAAGAAAACGAGUCAGUGGCUCAAAAGUUCAGAUGCUCAGAGUGUAAUGUCAUGGCUCAUGUGAAUGAUGAUAAUGAUCCAUUGCUUGUUUGUAUUGGAUGUGAACUUGCAAUUCAUAGGAAAUGUUACAUGAAUGUAUUGCCGAGUGUAGGAAACGAACAAGAUGAGAAGAGAAAUCAUGGCAUGGAGAAGGAAAAUGAAGUGACAGAGAGCUCCGAAUGGAAUUGUGAUUGCUGUCGACAACAAGUCCAGCGGCAAUUGAUCCAGUGUGUAUAUUGUGGAAAAGAUGGAAGUAUAGCAGCAUUAAAGGUUGUUGAAACUAGUGACGACGACGCGGCGUUUUGGCGUCUAUUUGCUGGGUUUCAAGACGAAAACAAGUCUGCAUUUGAGAAAAACUCCGUGCAUUUUGGUCACGUUUUGUGCAUGAAUUGGGACCCACGUCGGUUGGCUGCACACACUGUUAAAGAAAGUAAACUUAAACAUGCUGAGAAGGUGUCAAAGAAGAACAUUGCUAAGAAAGCUGCAAAGGAAGCGGCGACGGAAGAUACUCGUGAAGAAGUCGAAAAGACAGAUGAGAUUGUUGUGGAAAAAUUUGAAGCUGUGCCUGACGUGCAAGAAGUGCUGAUGAGAACAUUACUUCCUCCUGGUGAAUGCUGCUUUUGUCACUCGAGUGGUGGUGUUCGGAUACAGUGUCGCCGAGUCAAUUGCGCGCGCGAUUUUCAUGCCAUGUGUGCACAUAAAGGAAGCGGUCACGUUGAGCUGCGGACUGGUCGUUUCUUGCAAUUUCACGCAUAUUGUGACCGUCAUCGCAACUGUACUGAGGAUAUUGGCGACCUAUUAGCAAAACUAAUUACACGCCCCAUCCGGUUGCUUGUCGGUCGUGAUGACAUGCGUCGAUUUGGUACGAUUGCAAAACAUUUGCUGGAUUACGUCAGUGCUGCUACUGUGAUGCACGAUCUGGCAGCCUUGAUAGUUGGAUAUUGCAACAAGGGUUUACGUGCCAGCAAAAGUGAGCCGCCUGAUUAUAACGUUAAACAUCUCCAAGUACUUCAGUUUUUUUUGAGCCACGUGCCACAGCUUGAAAAGGUUUACGCCCUGCCACCGAUGCCUGCACAAGACAUUGUUGAUGACCCAAAGCUCUUUCGUCGUCUUGAAAGAGCGUUUAAUCCACUGAGAUACAUGGCCACCUAUCCUGGCCCAUUUAAUCAGCAAUACACUUGUGAUGUGUGUCGGGAUCCUUUUCACGAGCGACAACACUUAUUUUAUUGUUGUAAAGAGGAUAAAUCUGCGAUCCCGCACGUUCAGCAUUGGAGAUGCACAAAGCGCCUAUCAGCUGCUCGAGAGCGUGAAAGGUAUCUGUCAGUAGCAGGAAGUACGGGCGCGAAGAAAAAACGAAAAGCCAUAUCGAUUGUGCAAAAUGGCGUGCGAAAGGACAAUGCGGUACCAAAGGGCCUUCCGAGUAUGACACAUGAUGUUAUUUGUGGUGUAUGUUCUGCCAAAGUUGAUGUGCGUGGUUUAGUUGCGACCCACAAGGAAGCAAAAAGUUUGGAGUUUGAGAAGAAGGAAAGCAAAUUUGUGCAGAAUGGUUGCUACAUUAACCCUGUCGGUGCCAGAUGCUACUCGUAUGGAUUGAAUGCGUCAGCUCGCAAACCGGCGAGACCGACUGAUGGUAAAUCCAAUAGCAGCUCGAUAGGUCAGCACGCAGUAGCUCAACAAGUCUUGGGGCCGCCAAAGAUGGAUCGGAUUAAUGUCCAGCGCACGACAAGGUGGCUUGCUUGUGUGGCUCAGAUUAUACGCCUCGUCGGGGCUCCAGCUCCUGCAGUUUCGGAUGAGGCGAACAAGUCUCCCAUUGCCACGUCUGCCACCACUGCAACUUCAGCUACUAAGGGUGUGACUGAUUCAAAAGAACCUGCUGAGACCAAGAUACUAAUAGAUAACUCAACGCCUGGCAGCUCUGCAAGUGAUAAGGCUAAGCGUGGGGACAACGAUCUCAAAUCGGAGAUUACAUCGGCAGUCGAGAGCUCGCUGUCGUCAUCUACUACCACUGCCACCACACCAUCUACUGCGACAUUGCAAAAGUCAAUAGCGAUGGUAACACCAUCGCUCGUGACUCCUGCUAUACAAGCACUGUUUGACGAAGUAAUGCGUCUCGUACGGCCCUAUGAUUCUUACGCCCUUAGCAAACUGGAGACUGCAUACGAGAUGCUACUUCACCGCAGUGGACCCGGUGUUGCUGUCUUGCGUAUGUUUACCCACGAGUACACUCGUUUUGUGUAUAUGAAGCACACACGCGCCGUGGAGAAAGCGCGCAAUGAGAAACGGAAGCGUGCGGAGCACGAAGCACAGGAAAAUCGCGAAAAAGAGCGCAAUCGCGUAAACCUCGAGGCAGAGCAAGCACUCAAGAACCAAAUGCUAGCAAUGCGAAACAAACAGCGACAGCAUCUCAAGGCGUCAUCGUCGUCCAAGUAG